GAACCAGUCGCAGUUCGAACCACCUAGGAGACCGAUCGAGGAGAACGAUAUAUAGAUAGAUAGAUAGAGAGAGGGAGAGAGGAAAGAUUGUAUACAUUGGAUAUAUCAUCGACGCGUCUUCAAAGCCUGCUCGCCGACACCUGGCGCGCUAGUCGCGAGGAAGAUCCGUGCCGGACCCAACCCUUGGCCAUGAGCUCGGCCCCGGAAGCAUGCAGAAGCCAUUGAGAGAGCUGGGCCGACUGUGCCUCGGUACAGGUGAGCAGAGCAACGUGACGGCAGAAGUUUGCACUGAGACACGUGGCGGACUUCCUCUUUUGCAAGUAUGGCCGAGCGAUUCGCCGAGGGGCGAGGCCGAUGGACAGGCACAGGCCUUCGUGUUCCCGGAUGUCCAGGAAAAUGUAAACGACAGCGGGAUCGAAUCCAUACAGGGUUUGCAAUCGCUUCCUGAGAAAGAAUUUCAAAUCUUUUCGAAGGCAUCGCCGUCGCCGUGCGGCGUGGCGAGCACUAGCCCAGCCGCGACUCCUCAACAAUCCCGUCGCGCUAGUCUACUCCAUCCGGAUCACGCUCGACUGCAGCUGCAUCAUUUGCAUCACAAUCACCACAAUUCCGGAUCCAAGAGCCCGCCGUCUCCGGACCGCACAUCCAUCGACGAGGAACCGCCUCCGCUGCCGCCGAGUCCUUCGAGUUCAACCACCAGCAGCCUACGCUCGAUCCCAAGCUCCGCUAUCGCUUCGAUGCACUCGCAGGACAGGAGACGCAGCAGCAGGUACAGUAUGUUCGACGCGUUGGACCUGGAGUACGCGCGUCUAAGGGCGGCAGCUCGUGGUUCCGUGGGCCCGUACUCUCUGUCCGAGUCCCUGCACAAGCUGACCUUCACCCAGAGCCUGGCCUUUCCGGCGCUGGCCCGCGGCCUGGCUUCGAAACAGAGCAUUCCCACCAGGAGGCCGCAGCAGCACACCGAGAGCGGGCUGAACGCGUUCGCGAAGGUGGUGACCGCCCUGGUGCUGGUCCUGGUCAGCGUGCUGGUGUUCGGUGUCGUGUACAAGUUCGUGAGGACGUGAGGCUGGCUGCUGGUGCCCGAUCGACAGCCUGCCGCCGCGCAGGAGUUCGAUCGACCGGGCGCUGGCGAUCCUCUCAACGACUAACUUCGUUCUGGUGUGAUUGGCUCAGUGAUUCGCGGGUGUUCGACGUUGUUCGUGGCGACUUCAGCAUGUUCGGGGAUCUGCCAGAGCGUUUCGUGGCUGUUUGACGUGGUUUGAAGGUGUUUGAUGCUGUCUGAAUAUGUCUGAAGGCGUUGAAAUUAUUGAGAAUUGAGACUUGCGAAAGAAUGGUCUCGCGGCGGUCAGUGUUCGCAGAUGGUUUGGAGUUGUUUGUCGAAGAUGUGUGAAGUUGGAUAUUGAGGAGGAUGUUAAGACAGUAGAAGAUGGAAAAUCGUGAAGGCAGAGGAGUCAGUUUGAUUUCUGGUGUUGGGAUCUUAAGCACUGAAUGUUCUGAUACUAGCGACUUCUUGAAUCCUCUCACGUUUGACGCUGUUUGAAGCAUCCGGGCAACCGUUUUAGAUAUGUAUUGUAUACUUACUGUACGAUCGGUGGUCCAGGGAAUCCUCGAAUCUUGAUCAGGCUUACAACAAGGAAGUCUCAAGGCGUUUGACUGAGAACUUAACCCCUUAAGCCCAGCUCGGGAAGGCGAAAGCAGCCGGAACCGAUCGAGAGGACACGGAGGAAAGUAAAAAGUAGUCGAGAAGUAGGACGUAACGAACGAGCUUGACCGGAAACAAUAAAACCGCGGAGAUUGUUUAGAUCUAUAUUUGGACCGGAGGCUGAAUUUUGAUACGGCGCCGACCCGAAGGAUGAAAUUUCGCGGUGGCGCUUGC